AUGAAACCUCCAAAAAUAAUACUCGUAGCAUUGUUUUUCACUGCUUGCUCGGGGCAGCUGGUGAGGUACGAUGAUCAUCAAGUUUUUUCAAUCAAAAUUCGCAAUGACGACCAACUUGUUGCCCUUAAGAAUUUAGAAGGCAUUCCCAAUAAAUUUAAAUUUAUUGACGUCCCGAGUGCUAUCAAUUCAACGGUGCAGGUUGUGAUUGCACCUCAACUUCAAAAUGAGUUUGAACACCUAGUGAAGCUUUUACAGUUGGAGGUUUCUCUGGACAUAAGUGAUCUUCAACGGAUUAUCGAUGCCGAACGUCCGCAUCGCAGAAAGCGGGCGGUUGAAUUUGGAUGGGAUGACUACCGGACCCUGGAGGAAAUCUAUGCUUGGGUUGAUGAUCUCGUUCUUCAAUAUUCCGAUAUUCUAACGGUGGAAACGAUUGGUCAUUCGUACGAACAGCGCGAGAUUAAAGUCGUUAAACUGUCGCAUAACCCGAAUAACCCGGGAAUUUUCUUGGAUGCCAAUAUACAUGCAAGAGAAUGGAUUACUUCGGCAACCGCUACAUGGAUCCUGAAUGAGUUGCUCACGUCGGACGAUCCCUUGGUUCAAAAUCUAGCGAAAAAUUUCAAUUGGUACGUAGUACCGGUUUUGAACCCGGACGGAUUCGUCUUUACUCACAGCAUGGACCGUAUGUGGAGGAAAACUAGAACCCCGUAUUCACUGUUUUGCUACGGAGCAGAUCUCAAUCGCAAUUUUGACUUCCAAUGGAACAAUGGUGGAACAUCAUCGAAUCCCUGUUCGGAUAACUACUCCGGCCCACAUCCCGAAUCGGAGCUAGAAGUCAAAACAUUGUCGCAGUACCUUCUGUCCAUUUCGUACAAGGUGACCCUCUACUUAUCGCUUCACUCGGCGGGCCAAUUUGUUAUCGUUCCUUUCGGUUACACCAAUGCUCCACGACCGACCAACGAUGCCCAUCUGAGACAAAUCGGAAGACGUGGAGUGGUCGAUGCCUACGAUAAACACCAAAAGCCGUAUCGGGUGGGUACACCCUCGGAAGUUUUGUAUACCGUAUCCGGGUCCUCUCAAGAUUGGGCCUACAGUGUCGCAGAAAUUCCACUUGCAUACACAUUCGAGCUUAGACCACAAUUGGAUUACACAUUCCGCUUCUUCGUACCAGCCGAUCAGAUCGUUGAAACGUCCGAGGAGAUCCUGGCAGCAUUCAUCGGCAUGAUUGACGAAGCACAAGUUCUCGGCUACUUUUAAACGGAUUAAUGUUAGGUGGUGACAUCAGUUAAAGUGGAUUUUGAUUCGACUAUUUUGUUUGGCUGAAAUAACUCUUAUAUUAAUGCUCAACCUGUCUGGAUUACGUUGUCUUUUUACUUUUACAUUCUAAACGAUUUUAUACCAAUUGUUGAAAAAUUAGGAACAACGAUAAGUAUAUGAAGGCUGUAAACUAUAACAAACAUACACAUGUAUGUUGUUUCAUAAUGAUAAUUCAUUCCGUAUUUUGCGAACGCCCCGUGCUAACGGUCAUAAAUUCACUUUUUCUCACGUCUCACUGCUAAAGCAUUGAACAAGUAAUGCGAGAAACCAGAGAGCCGAUCUGGAAUGAAAACA